AUGACGUACUUCAAGAGCUGUGGGGGUAGAACACUGCAGGCCACUCUCAGCUCAGGACGAAUAAGACUUCAAGCCACGAACGGUCGACGUGAAGACUACAUACGCCUACCAUUUGUAGACGGUCUGUGCCUGCGUGGUGCCUUGCAGGGCUUCCUAAGAAGAAAACCCUCCAGCUGAGCAAAAUUAACAAGAAGACAAACCAAAUCGUCUUAGUGUCAAUGAUGCAAAGCCAGAGUAUCCUCUCUUAUUUUCUUGUCGCCUUUAAAAGACUAUCUAUAACCUGCAAGGUUUUCACCUGAAUGCCAUUCAGAGGCACGCAUAUAAAGGUAUGGUAGGCCUAGCAGCAUUUUCGUGAUUACUUCGCAGGCUACUAACGUUGCUAAAAGCUUGUCGGCUUGUGCGGGUUCCUCCAACGAUGAAACUGCGUCGUAGAUUGAUCUCGAAGACUUCCUACGCUUACGAUUUGUAAACUAUCUAGCCUAUGGUGUGUGGAUUGUCCCAUGUUACCCAGGUAACCUGCAACAAAGUGUUGACUCUUCGCGGGAAGAAACGCCCCGUCGCAGACUACCUUCUUUGUAAGACUAAACCUUUUAACUGAUCUACCCUCACAAGUCCGAAGUCUGAAAAUCAACGCACAUCAAACAUUUCCGCUUCACAUUCGUACUGUUUAAGGUGAAAAGUCAAAUUGGUAUACUUAGGAGCAGACUCGAAUAUGCGAGACUAAACUAACUAUCUACCUGUAACCAGAGAGAGCUUGUAAGUGGUCACCAAAUAAGGUCCUCUCACUGAAGCUGAAUGAUCUGAAGUCUCAAGUUUACUAACUUAUGUCUUUAAAUAAUCAAUAUCUGGUUGAACCUUAGGAAUUAAAGCUUCACUUGCCAAGCGCAUAGACUGUCAAGUGAAGUGUAAUAGAUAAAUUAAAUUUGGCGCAACUAAGCGGGAGACUGCAGUGAAGACGAUGACGACGACAGCGAAGUCCACGUGAAAAAGGCGCACAAAGUCGGAGCCGAAACGAGUGCUAAAUGCCAAACCGAAUCCUAAAAGCCGAACUCUCGUCUUUGACCGAACACCUGCAAAGGAACCCAACUUAUGAAAAAGGGCAGGGGAGGCCCUUACAGCCCAGGGAACCCCGCUAACUAAUCUUACUACAGUUAAGUUAAGCCGAAUAAGACGUGCGGAUGCUUCAGGCCGAAAGUGUGUGAAUAGUAUGCUUUGCAAGGUUCAUCCAGAACUCUAUAUACCCCCCUUUUACCCAACCCACAAGGAAUGCACCAAACCCGUACCAUUUCAGGAGGUUGGGUGUACUCAGGAGCCUGGUGUACUGUACUGAUUUGAAGCUGAGUAGUCAAGGGCAGUAGUCUGGUGGGCUCAUCUGAUCUUGUAGUCUGGUGUGGCCGUGGCGGUCUGAUCUAAUGGUCGUCUUAUUUGGUGGACGGGUCUGAUUGUCUGGAGUGGUAUUCGGAUUUGUUAGUCUGAUCUGGACUCCGAUCGGAUGAUCUGUUGUGGGGUGGAUCUUAUGCACUGUUUUCUGGAAGUACGCCUGUGAAAGAUGGUCUGGUCUGACAGCUGAAAAUUGAAAAUAUAAAAAUAUGAGGUUAUAGUAGUGAAAUAGCUCUACUGAGCCCGCAAGAGAGCUGCGUAAAAAGAACAGGAGGAAAAAAUACAAACGUAAAGUUUUCACAUUCAGUUGCAUGAACUUUUGAAAAGCACUCUAGGCCAAAAAAGUUUAAAAAGCCCCAGCCAUAGUGAUACAGGACCAGCUGUGCUGACGAUCUUUUAUAAUCUUUUCCAUUAUUUGUAGUACGUGUCGUUAACUGCAAUGCCCAACAUCAUUAUGGUAAUAAUCAUAACUAUAACAAAAUUGUCCAAUCUGAUUGGCUAUCAACUGCCCUGAUUUCAGCCUUAAUUGGACAGUUUAAUAGGACAGUACGCGUCAUGCCUAAGUAAUUGGACAGUACGCGCCAUCACGCGCGUACUUACAUGGCUUUUUUUUCACUGCUAGCAAAACAAACUUUCGAAUUUCUUGUGUUUUGAUUUAAAAAAUAGCCUAUUAUAUCACAAAUUUUGUUAAAGUUAUGAUUAAUUGGUAACAGAACUUCGUGUCGUCCAAUUCGGUCUGUAAUCAUACUCGUGAUUAAACAAAUCGGACUCCCGCUACGCGGACGUCCGAUUUUGUUAAUCACUCGUAUGAUUACAGACCGAAUUGGACUCCAGUCAGUCCCGUUACCAUUACCUAUCAAGGCUCUGUCGCAACCUAUUUGCGCGAGAGAUCGCACGAGAUGUGCGCAGUUUUCAUCAUAGGAGGUGUAAAUCAACGUUAGAUUGCAAAUGGCUGCCAUAUUGAGCAUUGUUUCCUUGUUUGCUUCAAAGAAAUUUAGCAGAAAUUGGAUCAAAAACUGCGAAAAACCAGAAAAGUUAUCAAUAUUUUCACAACCAUACUGUAUUGCUAUUAAGUCACUCUUGGAUUAAACAUCGAUCUAACAAUUACAUUUUCAACCUCAGAUAAUGCAUUUCUAGCAUUCUGAUCUCGGUUAUCAGCUCAUAUACCUUAGUUUGACCUGAUAUGGAAAACAACAAAAUUUCUCUCUGACAAAGCGGCAAAGUAGAUUUCGCGAGCUCUCUACCGACGAAACAGCAAACAACAGCAAAAAACAGAAAAUGCCAUACCGGCAGCGACAAAAAAGCCACAAACUUUGGUUUGAAACUAUUCAAUGGUACUACGAAGUUUCCUUAUAAAUUUAAAGAAAUUAUAAGCUAAGUUUACCUUAAACAUUUUCAGAAUGCCUUGCAAGUCCUUGCAGCAGUGAGUUUUCAAAACCAUUAGCAGAUUUUUGGGGUAUUUGAAGAGCUUUUACACCUCUUAACACUUUCGCAGGUACAUAACGAACCAUAAAGGGCCUCAAGUGAAUCCUACAACGAGCGGCUUUCCAUUGAACAACAACAACACCAACAAAUUAUUAAUGAAGCUGGGUAUUUGUGCAGCUCUGAUUCAGUGGAGGAAGAAAACGAAAUUGAAGAGAAAUCAGGUCCACCUAUUCAGCGUCAAAUUCCACAGUCACAACGAGGAAAAAAGGACAGCGAAAUAAGUACUUGUCGAGAAUAAUUUAAGCACAGUGUCCUUCCCUUUCAGAUUUUUCAUUCAACUAAGUUCGCAAACGGCGCACAUGUCAUGUGAUUUUCCCUUAUUGGUUUACCGGAAGUUACUUUAAUAUCCGGUCGCUUUGUAAUGUUUAAAAUGAAAUUUACCAGAAUUCAAUUGUAACAACCAGACGUUUGGAGUUCAAAAAAUUUAAUGAAACAAUUAUUCCACUCGCGCUUGUUGUAUAUGAGAUGGUUAUAGCUAACUCGGCGCUAUGAGGUGGUAAAUAGCCAAUACAUGUAAUUGUUAAAUCAUUUUAGACUAUAGGUUGUAUGCAUGUAAUUCUUUUUUCGUAGAUUCAAUUUAUUCAUUUAACGGCGAUCCCAUAUUUUUUAUAUGAUCUAGUCGAAUCUAAGAGCUCUCCCAUCUAACGUAAGACACAAAAGAAAGAGCUUCACCUCAAUCGAAAAAUUUCAGAUAUUCCAACAUUUUUACAGCAGUAAUGCAUCCGUGGAAGCGAAAACCGAGUAGCACUUUUAUACAGAAGUUGUUCAAAAUUGCCCUGGCAACGAUUUGCACUGUUUUGCCUAGUCUGGGAGCCCGGUACAUUGAUUUUUUCCUAAACUCAUUUCUCACGGCUGCAAAAACAACAUGAAUUUAAAAGUUCAUUGCUCCUUGUUUUAUAACUGCAAUGUAAGAUAAUUCGUCUCUAAAUCACCAAUAUAAUUUGGAGGAAGAGCAAGACAUGAAUUAUUGGUUUUCUUCUUGGAUGUUGACGUCUCCAGGUCUCCAUGUCAAGCUCUUGUAUUUUUAAUUAGUGACUGCUACCUGGCUACACGCGCGUGAACUAUGCAGAGCUUUCCAAAUCAUUCAGCAAUCUUGCCUUAGCAUUUGCUUUCUAGUUAAGUCUCUUCUGAGCCGAAAUAAAUUGGUUUUCUUUAAAACAAGAACAAUUGAAAACGAAAUGACUUAAUUUUAAGUUCAACUUGCCGGAAUUCAAAUGUCAACCGAAUUGAUGAUAACAUUCAGAACUUAAACAAGCAAUCAGUAUCCCAUGAUGCAUGUUUCCAGAAGCAUCACGCAAUAUCGCAGUCAUAGCAGAUUCCAUCUUGAAAUAAGGUCGUUUUCUCGUCGGCUUUUUUCUCACUCGAUUUCCAGUAAAAGUAAAAAAAUUACAUUAGUUCGUUAUUUGACAUGAUUUCUCCGAUUUGCAAUGGCUUAAGAGCGAAGUUUCCACUUAGAAACAUUUAUUUUCACGGUUUCAAUUAGUCUUCCCAUCACAAAGUGUUCAGUGACCCACAACCAGGUCAUGAAUAUUCAAGGUUUUGUGGUUUUGCGAGUCUUAUAAUUUGUGUUUACAGUGCGACCGAGCGCGGCACAAGUAGUUCUCGACAGAUCAGUGAAAUACAUGUAAAACCCUUCUCAGUCAAAGCAACGCUGAAAUUCUCCUUUAAAGCACAGUGAAUAUUAGCCAACUCGAUAAUCUCAAAAGCAGAAGCUGCUGAACCGAAACAUGUUUGGAAACCAUCCACAUCGAGCACUGCGAUCGAUGUUCACUUCGCGCGUGCUGAAGGUUACUGAUCAUAAUGUGUCACGUACGCAGUGAUAAUAUAACAUGAAUCGAGGUGCAUCAUGGGAUACUAUUCGAUCGUCGUCUGACAAGCAAUUUUACCUCAUGGACGCUUUAAACAUCCCAGAAUGCUUUCAUAGUUAUUUUUCCAGUUCUGGUAGCGAAGCUGAGAAAGACGGGUAGCCAGCUCUUCUGUGAUAGGGCCUUGUUUCUCUUUCAUGAGCAGUCUCUUCGCCAGCUUUCGCAACUAAAGAUAUCAAUUCAGUUUUGAAUGUUGCGCGAUUCAGUGAAUAACAAUUUCUGAUUGGAUUUUCUUACUGCACGUGUCAAUGUAGCAAGAACAUGGGUUGUUUAUCACACACACCUCAGGGUAUUUGGGAUCUGUAAGGUAAAUUAGCAUUUCAAGCCCCGAGCAAAUUCGAGUUGUAAAAGUCUUGGGCGAGAAACCAUUUCUAAUGCAGAAAAACUGGUUCUGGCUAUUAUAUUACAAUGUGGGCUUUUGGCAAGAUUUUCGUAUAACCCCAUACAUUAAUGAUAUACAUAUACACCUAUUGUUUAACGAAAACAAAAGACAGAACCAUACUAAUCCUUUGAGAUUUCAGAUAUUAUUUUACAAAUUUUUUAUUGAAGUCUUUUUUAAAACGCCCUAAAUUUUUGCAGCAAAAUAGAAACUUUUCCGACCACAUUUCGAACAUUUUUUUCUGUUCCUAAACCGGAAAAGUAAAACAAAAUAUUUAGAAGCAUAAUAUAGGGCAUUAAAUGCGCUAAACAAAAUGAAAUAAAGACCUGCCUUUUUAGCUGUGUUCGUCAUAGUUUUGUUUUUCCCCAAAUAUUUUCUUAGGUACCCGCCUUCCACGUCUGAUCUGUCUGUAUUCCAUACAACUGACUCUGAUGCAUUAAUCUUUGGGAGGGGGGAGAAUAGGCCAACGGAUCGGCGGAACUUAAAAAUAUUUUUGCAAUUGUAGCGGACUAGAACAACAACAACAAUUUUAUUGUACUAAUAGUAAAAACAGAAUUAGAAAAAGAUUAUAACAAGCUAAUAAUAAUUCGUGGUACUGGCUGUCUGGAAUAAGCAGGGGGCUAAAAAGACAAGACAGCCAUUGCGGACUAAUCCAUUUUUGGGCCGUAUUUUGGACUUUGCGUGUAAUUAAAAUAUUUUUGCCCGGAUUCCGAAUUCAGGGCGAAAUUUUAACGGCGGAUUUGGUCAAUAAAUCAUAACGGAUCGGCGGAGGUGCAUACUCCUUUUAACCCCGUCUUUUGUGAUAAUGAUAGAGCUCAACGUAACCUGGUAAUGAUUAAAGAAAAUAAAUGUGGCUGGGAAGAAAAACUUCGAGUACUCCCCAAAAUAGCAGAACUAUUCUGGUAACUAGUCCAAAUGCUCUUCCAAUGAACUAGGAGACAUCGUGGGAGCUGAGACCAGUGAACUAGGUUCAUGUGACAAACAUCAUGAAUGAAAAGGACAAUAAGAAAUGGUGACGAAUAUCACUUUGAGAAGGGAAAUAAAAUUUCUGUUAAAAAAAUUCAUAAAAUGCUUCUUUUAGUCUUCCUUGGCUUAUUAAUGGCCUAUUUGAAGCGUCAUAGAUUACGUAGUUAUUUUAAAACAAAUAACUGCCUUAUCAUUAUUUGAGUUAAAACGGGAAAUAAUCAUGCAUUUUUCGCAAAAACUAAAUAAACUGUUUAACUAGCCGAUUUAUGAAAACCGCACCAGCGGGCUCCUGGAGGCCACACACCUUAAACUGACUCAACUAAAGUACAUAUUGCCAAGAAACUCAGCUCUUACCUAUGGGUCUCUUAACGGGUCUUAAUGGGUCUCUUCUUGGUUCCUGAUGAGUAAAAGCAAGCAUUUAAGUCCAUCCAAGAGACACUCCGGAUCGACUUGGCCAUACACUCUAGCUGCUUGAAGGCUCUAAAUGACAAAGGAUGCUUGAGGCUUAACCAAGUUCUAAGCAGAGAGUUCAAGGUUAAAUCACCCCCAGACUUUCCCCCCUCAGCCUAGCACAUGCUUGAGGAGAAUGCUUUCACUGGCCAAUGGGCCUCAAAAAUUAAAAGAAUUUGGCAUGACAAACUAAAGGCAGACAUGACGAGUGCACUGACUCUUCCAGAGCACGGCUAACGGGCAGUACCACGCUUUUGCAGCACCCUCUCCCCCUAGGAAUUGACAUUGAGGCCCCUUCCCAACCCAUGGCAAGUUAGCUCAGGGACCGAGCUUGACAAUGAGACCAACCAAGACAGCAAGCCCCCUAUGUUUAUUCCCACCGCAGUGACCAGAAACCUGGCUAUCGCCAGGUUCCUGUGCGAAUAUUCUGGUCUGUUUUGAGGUGUGUUUUCAAAAUUUCGGCUAGAAUAACAGUAAGUAAAUAAAUAGAAUGAAAAAAUAUUAAAAACUUCAAUGUGUAUUAGGUCCACUUUAUUUCGAAAGUUUAGACAGCUUUGUAGUCCGGAAAGUAUCUCACGUUAGCAAUACUUGCGUUAAGGAUCUAAUUUUUGUGGCUCUCAAAGCAAGUCAGUGGUCAAUAAGUGUAGCUACAUUUGUAAAUAUAAAUUUCACUUGGAAAAGUUUUAUUAAAUCGACCCCAGGUUCCUUCCUUAUACUAGAUUUGCUGAAUUUACUGUACUAGGCCAUUCUUAGGUGUGAAAGAUGAACAAAAGAGAUGCGUUGUAUGAACUAUACUAUCUCAUUCUCAAAGGCCUGGAAACCAGAGGCGCUGUUAAGAGUAGCCAAACGAGUGCUGUCUUAGUGUAUUAAGCCAGUGACUCGCGUUUCAUAAUUUUUUUUUAUCAACAUGUUGAAUGCACUUAAGCCUUUUUGAGCAAGAUCAAAUAUGAGCUCGAUUCCGCUCAGUCAACAAUUUGCGACUCGUUCAACAAUGAAAGUUUGAUUUAUAUACUUGAGUCUGCAAACACGUCAAAGGGUGGUCACCUCCAGGCCCUCAUCUGUAAAGAAGCAGUUCUUGUUCUUAUAUUCCACUUCCUCAUCAUCAUCUCAGUUCAGAGGAACUUCGACUGAUCUAACCAGGGGCUAAGGCACUGGCAAAGUGUAUUAUUUUUCUAUUAUAACGAGGGAUCGUUACAUUGAAGCUUUUUGCACAAUUAUUUUACUAUUUCUAAACGAAUAGAGCAUUUUCACAUGACGUCACGGUGGCCAUAUUGGAGUUCAAAAACAAUGAAGCGGCGGCGACGUUCGUGUUCCAAGAAAAUCCUUUGGGAGUUGAAUUCUUGUCUCAUGUAAAUGCUUUCUUUUUUUCCAAUAAAUUAGAAUAGAUGCCAGCCACGUAAGUGAAAACGCUCUAUAAUAGCGGUAUAUUAGCUUUGCUCCUGGAUCCCAACUUUAUUUAGAAAGACCUCCUCCAGACAGAUAUCUUGGGGGAGGAGAGAGAGAGUCGCUGAGCGGCAAUGCAAUUUUUUUCGGAAAAUAAUUAUGGUUUCUAUAGGCCGUAAAUUACCGCGCCUCAAUCGAAAUUGAACAAACGCGUUUGAGCAUUUUACCUAUGUUCACAAAAAAACGUAUUCAACGAACUUGAGUUAGUAUAAAGAAGGUGGGUGAAAAACAGAACUGUUGUUAAUUAAUAUGCUGAUGCCAGUGCAAAAUUUUAAUUAACUUUUUUUUAAUACACAGGUGCUGUUACACAAAUGUUAGAGUGGAUUUUACUUGUUUUUGUCACAAAUGUUUGCGGGAUAAGCCGUAUUUCAGAGACUGAUUUCAAAGCUGUUAAUUUUGCGAUUGCGAAAGAAGGACGAAGGUUAAACGGAAACGUGAUAAAAGAGAUAGAUGUGGAAUCAGAAGGCGCGUGUAGGCUUCAUUGCGUCAAUGAAGAGAGAUGCCGCUCUUACAACUUUAGAAUCACAAACAACAAACCAGGCAAUUUCUUGUGCCAGUUGAGUGAAUCUGAUAGAUUUGCUGGAUUCAGUAAUUUUACAGAAGAUGGUGAUUUCAAGUACAAAGGGAUACAGGUAAUAACUGCUUAACUCAGAAUUGUUGGUCAAGUCUAAAAAUACUCCUCACGGAUAGCUUUUCUCUUGUUUUCAAAUUUACCUGUGGUUCUAGUCUAGUUUACGAUCAACUAUUCAGAAAAAAAAACGAAGAAAACGGAAAAAAAAUCUUGCAUGCUGUCGGGGAUAUCUUGAGACCUCAAAUUUAUUUAAAUUUCCAGUUGUCAAAACACUGAUUUACGCUUGAAAAAGAUUGCCUAAAUGCUUUACAGCGUAACUACGUCAUAAAGGAAAUGUAUUUACUCGUUCAUGAGUACAUAGUUAGGGUGGCCGCGAUUUGUUUGCAAUUUGGAGAGCUACUCUUUUAAGAUCAACUGAGUUCAGUAAUCAGAGUUCCUCUCCGAAGGAACUCCAAAAAUAUUUCUAGCUGCCAUACACCUGCUGGUGGUCACUGAAAUGGGCUUAUGUCGGUCAUUGUUAAUAAUGCAUGAUAAUUAUAUUGUUGAUGUUAGAGAAACUUUAUCCAGCUUUGCCUUCUGUUUAAAAGUGUUUCAAGAAUAAAAAUAUGAACUUCCUCUUUCCAUAUUAUUCCAGAAAUUUUAAACCUCGUUCAGCAAAAAAUGUGUGGUUUGAUAAACUUAAUUAUUUCCCUGCAUAUCCACCCGGCUUUGUAAUUUCAUUGCAUUUUCUCUAAAAAUAGGUUUUUGUUUCUGUUUUUACUGAGUGAAUUAUUGUAUAACACUUUUUAAUUAGCAUUAUUUUACCAAAGUUAUUGUAAAUGUUAAUUAAAUCCAGGCCUUUUAGUGACUAGUGUGAGAAAAAACAUGAGUUUAAUAUGACUAAAUGGCAGAUUCUGAGUAAAAUUUUUUAAGAAUAAUCAUUUCUCUCUCAUAGUCGGCAGAUUUUUGUUUCUUCCUAAGCAUCCUUUUAUACUCAGAUUAAGUUAACUGUUAAAAAUACCUCGAUUUAUACGAGUUUUAAUUGGCAUACAUUCAUGAGAGGACACAGAGGCUUUUUACUUGAAGUACCAUCGCACGCAGGGAAGUUUUCUCCGCGGGCAGCUAAUCCGACUUAAUCCCAUUUAAUGUGUCGCGCUCCUCGAAAGUGCGAAAAUUUUCUUGUCGUGUAUUAGAUUUCAGAUACAUUUUCUUAAUCUUCAUUUCGCGCCAGAAUAAAUUAGUUUGCGCGCAAAGGGCUCCUAAAAAAAUCACAAGGUUUGUCCCACUUCGAGUCCACCUUCUGGAGAUACGCCGGCUUGGUAACCGGAAUACAUUGCCGAGGCGAAGAUCUGGCAUUUUUUCCUCCUCCUCGUCUUUUCUUCACGACAAAUGUUUAUAUUUGUAGUGAGAAUGCAUCGCAUAUCAGUGGAUUUUGCUUCAUGCGGCUAGCUACUUCUGAAAGAAGAGUGCCGGAUUUCAUCGUUUUGUUCAUGUUUAUUAGUGUUGGCAAAUGUAAGGUAAAUGAACCGACCACGUAAGGUAAGAAUUGAAGUUUUAAAUUUGUUACUCGGCGAAAAAUCGUGGAAUUGCAAUUCGUGAAACUCCUGAGUAUUACCUCUGUUACCUAAUGUCAUGCGAUGACUCCUCGCUUUUUCGAUGCGUAAAACGGAUACAAACGAUAAAUUUCUUUCGCAAAGUGAAGUAUAAUUUACUUAACGAGACCAUUUGACGACUAUUUCUCGUUACAUGCUUUAUUCAUUAUAUUUGCUUGAGUUAUUCAGGCGACAUGCCAGGAGUUUGAUGACAAUGUUUGUGUGCUAUAAUUAUGCUGAUAAGUUUUUGCACCUUUAUAUUGAAACUCAUGUAAGCCAAACGUUUGUUAACUCUAGCAAAACACUCUUCUAUUAUGGAGGAACUUUUAACGUCUUUUGGGGCCCUAAUAUGGUGACAGAUUUUUAGGGGAAACAAAGCUUGAUUUUUGGCCAAACAGACUAUAGCUUUUUUGCCUUUGAAGAGAGCGCGAGGCAAACGUCCGUGAGUACAGUGUAAGACAGUGAUUCUUUAGUUGGCACACCCAUGGGUGCAGUGUAACCCAGUGAUUCUUUAGGUAGAGCUAACAAACAUAGGCUGCACUUUAGGUGGCACACCCAUGGGUGCAGUGUAACCCAGUGAUUCUUUAGGCAGAUCUAACAAACAUAGGCUGCACUUUAGGUGGCACACCCAUGGGUGCAGUGUAACCUAGAGAUUCUUUAGGCAGAGCUAACAAACAUAGGCUGCACUUUAGGUGGCACACCCAUGGGUGCAGUGUAACCCAGUGAUUCUUUAUGUAGAGCUAACAAACAUAGGCUGCACUUUAGGUGGCACACCCAUGGGUGCAGUGUAACCUAGUGAUUCUUUAGGUAGAGCUAACAAACAUAGGCUGCAAUUUAGGUGGCACACCCAUGGGUACAGUGUAACCCAGUGAUUCUUUAGGUAGAGCUAACAAACAUAGGCUGCACUUUAGGUGGCUCUUUAGGUAGAGCUAACAAACAUAGGCUGCACUUUAUGUGGCACACCCAUGGGUGCAGUGUAACCCAGUGAUUCUUUAGGUAGAGCUAACAAACAUAGGCUGCACUUUAGGUGGCACACCCAUGGGUGCAGUGUAACCCAGUGAUUCUUUAGGCAGAGCUUACAAACAUAGACUUGGGAUGGUAACAAGUUUUCCAGUUAAAACUUGGUCAUAAAGUGCUGCACCAUGGCACUUCGACUAUUUCAUUAUCGCGCUUGUUUUGACGCACAAUUGAUAGUCAGGAGAAGUCGUAUUGUCUAAAGCCAUAGCAAAAGACAAAUUUACACACAUCACAGCGUUAAGGUAAGGUAAUACACGGUAUUUCCUUCAGGUACAUUUACAUUUUCUGUUAGGUUAUAAGCGAUUAAAUCGCAUGCAGCGACGAAAAAAACGCGAAGCCGUCAGAUAUUCUAGAACCGUGUUAUUUACAGUCCUGUGCAUUAUUAUAAUUGCUUAACUAACUAACUACGCGCUGAUGGAAAUAAGUUUCGGCCGCUUUAAAUUUUGAAACAAUUCACUGGUACUGUAUAGUCAUGAAUUGGAGCGGAAAGUUAGCACGCGAGCAGGGCGAUUCAGUGGCGAUUCUGCUGUGGUUUCUGUAAUGUAGAAGAUAUUACGGCAAUGAGGCUUCCGAGGUCCCUUCUGGAAAUCACAACUACAUGUAGGAUGAAAUGUAUUCUGCGUGCAGACGUCUCCUUUUCCAGGUUAGGUUAAAUAAACCGUACCAACGGUUUGUUUAACAAAGCUCCCGCGAGACGGUUUCUUGGUGAUUUUAUUAAUUUUUCCGAUCCACUUUUUUGUUUCAGCUCUAUUUUCGCGGCUUUUGCGAUACAAACUGUAUUCAUUUUUAGUUGUGAUGGCAUUACACUGCUUAAUCAUAACGGCUUUGGAAGAAACUGAAUAUAUUGCGCUUCGCGAUUUCGCAAAAUUGCUGCGGGAAUUAAAAAAUAUUUUCUUCUAAAAAAGCGUUUUCACGCUUCUUUCCGUCUCUAGUCAAUUAUCUCGUUUGUCUCGUUUUCUAAAGGUCCUUGAGAACAGAAUAAGACAAUAUUUUAUUACCUACAACCUAAAAACCCGAUUUUUGACCAGAUCGAAACAAAACUGACCUCUGAAAUGGAAGAAGAAAAGCCUUUUAUUUUUGCCGGCUUCGGCCUGCCGACGAGAUCGUGUCUGUUUUGCUUUCAUAUGAUGACAUUUUCCUGACAGAAGGGUGUCGGGAAAAACACCUCGCGCUGAUCAUACGUGACAAAAUCCGCCGCGCCUAAGCUAAUUAAGAAAAGUCUCCUCGAAAGCUCCAUACAAUUCCUUAUAACAAAAUUAUAAGGAAUUGUAUGGAGCUCUCCGGGAUACUUACAGUGCAAGCCCUUUGUGUCUUCUCAUGAAAUAAUUCAAAAUGGCGGAUGACGUCAUCACGACAUCACUGCUAUUGUUAAACAUCUUUUAUGUGUUAGCCAACUUCCUUGAUUUUAUCAGAGACCCUAAUAUUUUUCGCUUUAUGGCUAAUUUGAGGGAAAAAUGGAUCCCGGCUGCCAACAAAUUCAACAACAUGACGUCAUAAUGACGUCAGAUCACGUCAUUGUGUCAAUCCAGCUAUGAAGUUGUAAAUGAUGAGUACAUUAUUGAGUGCAAUUUUGGUGGCCGUAGGAUGAGGGGUUUUAAAGGCAAAAAAAAAGCCCUGGGCUGAAUAGGGUUAAUGCUUGUCCACCAACAUUACUGAUCUGAUAUCAACUGAAAACUUUUUAAAAUGGCCAUAAACCUCCCGGUUUGUAAUUCGAGGAACGGUCUUUUAAAAAAAUAGAUACCAGAAAAGCACAAACUUUAUUUUGUCAAAAUUGCUUUGCUAAUAAAUUGACAUUACAAAAUUUUUAUUUCCACAACAAGCAAGUUGUUAUUUACCAACGGAAGAUUAUAUGUUCGUUUUUAAUCUUGUUAAAGCAUCGACUUGUCAUGAAGACUCGCCAGGCGUAGAAAAAGGACAAAUUUCUUUUGAACAACAAUUUCCUUUCAUACAGCUUAAUUGGAUUGCUAUUGAGGGUAAACUAUUGAGACUACGUGACGAUAUAAACAUGCCCUGACCGCACAGUCUUGUCUUGGCUAAGAGUCCACAUUCUAGGAGGUUAUCUUCCUGCUCUUCAUCUUUCUCGGUCAUCUACUUAGUCAGGCUUCGUGGCAGGUAUUUUGAAGGGAAAUGGAGUAUCAUUAGGCGCGUGAGCACAUCACGUUCACGUGCCCCUUUAUUCAUAAAACCCUAAAUUGAUGUUGUUGCUGUACUUGUUUAUGUUGGGAACAGAGCGUCUGCGAAGCCAGCAGCGUAGAUCCUUGCGGUGACAAAGGAAUCUGCAUCCCCGACUAUUCCAAGGACAGCUUUACAUGCAAAUGUGACAAAGGUUAUGGAGGAAGACCAUGCGGUAAGCUGCAAACGUUUCACCUCUAAGGAUCUUCUCCUGGGGAUGAAAUGAGGCUUUAACUAUACACGACUUUAUGGAUAGUCAGUCAAAAGUUACACUUAAGCUCAUUGACCUUUUAAUUACCCAUUUCAGAAUUAAUAAAAGACUGCUUUAAACUUGGUCAAAGUGGUGCCACAUCAAGUGGAGUCUACUACAUCAUCCCAGAUGGUGGCAGCCCAAUACAAGUACUCUGUGACAUGACUACGGACGGUGGAGGUUGGACCGUCUUUCAGAGACGUUUAGAUGGCUCGGUAGAUUUUUAUCGGGCUUGGGAAUCAUACAGAAAUGGAUUUGGAGAUCUAAACAGUGAGUUCUGGCUUGGAAACGAAAAUUUACAUCGUUUGUCAGCCUCUGGUGACGUCAUGCUAAGAGUUGACCUGGAGGACUUUGAUGGCAACAUAACAUACGCUGAGUAUACAACAUUUCAGGUAGCUGACGAAGCAGACAAAUACAGGAUUACUUUUGGAGGAUACAAUGGUACGGCUGGCAACUCAAUGGUAGAUAACGGAAGAGAGUCCCUAAAGUAAGCAAAAAAAUCGUUGGCAACUGAUUGUAACAAUCAUAUCAAUCUAUCACUCUCUUUUUACCGUUACCGACAGGCAAUCCGUCGCCAUCGCCGACCACCUCUCAUACCAUCUAGGUCGCAAUCAAAUCAGGUUCAUUAUUUAACAAUUAAUGAAUGAGGCUGAGUAUCUUAUGAAGAAUUAUAGAGAUCGAGGAGCGAUAACGCUCUCCGAGAUCUUCAUAAUUCUUCAUAUCAUAAGAAAGCCGAAUUCAUUCAUUCAAAAUAAUUCCAAGUUAAAAACAUAGCUAAAAUAUGCUUACCUCCAUCAAUGUUAAGUUCAUCUUUGAUAGUCCACGUUUAGGGUUCUUCAGCUUCGCAAAUAUUCUCCAAAUAGAGGAUGUCGCCCUUCGAGUUGUCUUCUAGCAGUUCUUGCAUUGUUUUUAGCUAUUAUUUCGCCUAGUUCUUACUCUUGAAACGAGUAGAAAUGUCCUCCAUUUUUGUUUUCACAACCAAAACAACUCAACCUCGUCCCCAGGUCUUCUCGGUUAACGAUGCAUUAACCUGCAAGGAAGCUGCUCUUUUGACGUCAUCGGUUGAUUAAUCGCAAAAUUCUUCCAAAUUUGGUCAUCAGUAGCUGGUUAUAGUGAAUUAUUCGUAUGCUUUUAGCCAAUCAGAAUCGGGGAAAUAUUUUGAAUGAAUAACAAUAAUCGACUCCAGAUUUAAUAGCCUCUUUAUGGGCAUCUUAGAGGAGUCGCAUCUGCAUUCUUAAACUAUUUAAGGUUCCUAUACAUACUAUUAAAGCUGGCAAGUGUCCGCAUAUCUUUGCCAUCAGCAAAAGUCUCAAAUUACCGGUAGCACAAUAAUACAGAAAUUUCUAUCAUUAGAUCAAGGAGAUCCUUAAUGCACUCUCAGACAAAUCAACCAGAACAUGUAGUUGAGCUGUUUCAAACUAGCAUUUCGUUUUAGUCUUCAUUUUCUCGACACUUUUUUUUUCACAGUGGUCUACAGUUUUCGACUAAAGAUGCUGACAAUGAUCUGGACAACAGCAUUGUAUCAGAUCCUUGUGCUGUAAGGCACCACGGUGCAUGGUGGUAUUACUCCUGCAGCUGGGCAAAUCUUAAUGGUUUGUAUCAUGGAGGACCAUACAGCACCAGUGGUAUCAGUGAUGGAGUAAAGUGGGUCACGUUUAGAGGACAGUAUUACUCACUAAAACGCACUGAGAUGAAAUUAAAACCUAAAUUGUAA